CUGCCCCUAGUGGGAGUCAGAGGCAUGAGACUCCCUUUCAGGAAGACGGUGUUAGAGCCACGCCACCACCACCUGUUCCUGCAGCCUCUCUGCUGGUCCUCAGCCUCCAGGAGCAUCUUCACAGCCAGCCUGGGAUUUCUGAGCCUGGAGAUGAGGGUCAGUAGAGCUCAGGGAUGGCAAAGGUCGUGACACUUGGGCAGAAGCUACAGCUGCAGAGCUCGGUGGCUGGAAAUAAGUGAUGGUGCCAUUUGAGCACUUGCUGGAAGCAGGGCAGGAGGAACAGUAACCCCAGGGAGUACAGGCUGGUGCCAGCAUGUGGAGAUGACGCCUCCGGAGGCCCCGGCCUCCUUCCUGCCCGGGUGCUAGGAGCCGUCGCCAGGCUCCAGCUAGGAGCCCUGCCGCCCAGGGGCAUGGCCAAACCUUUCUUCCGACUCCAGAAGUUUCUCCGCCGAACGCAGUUCCUGCUGUUCUUCCUCACGGCCGCCUACUUGAUGACCGGCAGCCUGCUGCUGCUGCAGCGGGCCCGAGUGGCCCUGCCGCAGGGUCCCCGGGCAGCUGGCACCCUGCAGGCCUUACCCGUGGCCGCCAUGGCACUGGGCGUGGGUCUGCUGGAUAGCAGAGACCUGCAGGACCCCCGUGUCAGCCCGGAGCUGCUGCUUGAUGUGGACGUGCUGCGGAGCCCCCUGGCCCGGCCCCGGCCAGGACCCCGCUGGCUCCGGAGCCGCAACUCGGAGCUGCGCCAGCUGCGGCGCCGCUGGUUCCACCACUUCAUGGGUGACCCCCAGGGGCCACCCGCCCUGGGCCCCGAGGCUCCCCGGCCAGCUGCCAGCAGCCGAGGCACGUAUGUUGGAUGCUUCAGUGACGAUGGCCAGGAGAGAACUCUGAAGGGGGCUGUGUUUUUUGACUUGAGAAAGAUGACCAUCUCCCACUGUCAGGAUGCGUGUGCUGAGCGGUCCUACGUCUACGCCGGCUUGGAGGCCGGGGCAGAGUGCUACUGUGGGAACCGGCUCCCAGCGGUGAGCGUCGGGCUGGAGGAGUGUAACCAUGAGUGCAAGGGCGAGAAGGGCUCCGUGUGCGGGGGUGUUGGCCGGCUGUCUGUGUACCGGGUGGAGGAGCUGCAGCCAGGCUCCAGGAAGCGGAGGACCGUCACGUACCGAGGGUGCUUCCGACUGCCGGAGAACAUCACACACGCCUUCCCCGACUCCCUGAUACAGGCCAAUGUGACAGUGGAGACGUGCUCGGGAUUUUGUUCCCAGAAAGAGUUCCCCUUGGCCGUUCUCAGGGGCUGGGAGUGCUACUGUGCUUACCCCACGCCCCAGUUCAGCCUGCAGGAUGCCGUGGACAGCUCGCUGUGUGGCCAGGACCCUGAGGCACAGAGGCUGGCGGAGUACUGCAAGGUCUACCAGACGCCCAUGCAAGACACUCGGUGCACAGACAGGAGGUUCCUGCCCACCAAAUCCAAAGUGUUUGUGGCUUUGUCGAGUUUCCCAGGAGCCGGGAACACCUGGGCGCGACACCUCAUUGAGCACGCCACCGGCUUCUAUACAGGGAGCUACUAUUUUGACGGAACUCUGUACAACAAAGGGUUUAAGGGUGAGAAGGACCACUGGCGGAGCCGGCGCACCAUCUGUGUGAAGACCCAUGAGAGUGGCAGGAGGGAGAUUGAGAUGUUUGACUCGGCCAUUCUGCUCAUCCGGAACCCAUACAGGUCCCUGGUGGCCGAAUUCAACAGGAAGUGUGCCGGGCACCUGGGCUAUGCAGCUGACCGCAACUGGAAGAGCAAAGAGUGGCCAGACUUCGUCAACAGCUACUCGUCGUGGUGGUCCUCGCAUGUCCUGGACUGGCUCAAGUACGGCAAGCGGCUGCUGGUCGUGCACUACGAGGAGCUGCGGCACAGCCUGGUGCCCACACUGCGGGAGAUGGUGGCCUUUCUCAACGUGUCGGUGAGCGAGGAGCGGCUGCUCUGCGUGGAGAACAACAAGGAAGGCAGCUUCCGGCGGCGCGGCGGGCGCCCUCACGACCCCGAGCCCUUCACCCCGGAGAUGAAGGACUUGAUCAAUGGCUACAUCCGGACGGUGGACAAGGCCCUGCGUGACCACAACUGGGCGGGGCUGCCCAGGGAGUACGUGCCCAGAUGAUAGGCCCGGCUGCUCUGCCCGCCCCACCGAGAGCCUGCCCCCCACCCCCGGGGUAACACCUGCUGGGACACGAGGUGGCAGCCUCCCUGGGACACAAGGCUUCCGGUGCUGCCAGCAGGGAGGGCUGCCCAGGUGCUGCCUCCCACACGUGCAGGGAGACCUGACACAAGCCCUUACUUAGUCCACACAGGCAGACAUGAUGUCACAGGACAGACACAAAUGGAUGCACACUCCUAGCCAGACACUUAGACACGCCACUCCACGCCUAAGCCACCACACAGGGUGUGCUGGACACUCAGACUUGCAAACGCCGCCACACACAGAUCCCAGGUUAUGCGUUCCCAGAGGCUGUCUGUCUGUCUGUCUCAUACACACAGACACACAUAUGCACCAGGGCUCUCAGAGGGCCCAGGUUCCCUGUUUCCAGCCCCAGCCAUGGACUUACUGGCCAGAGCCCUUGACUUUGGGAUACUGGCUGGGCGGGCCUUCCUGCUCUGGGCUUGGAGGUGGGUUCUGCACUGUCGCUGUGGGCCAUGCGGCCCCGACCGCCUUUCUGACAUCCCAUAAAUGUGUGUGGUGUGACAACCGGGCACCAUGAGCUCUGCAGCCCUGCCUCCCCUUCUCUGAGGAUGGGCUGGCCGCACUGUGGGCAGAGUGGAGUGCCCCUAAAACACACACCAACCUCAGGACCCACCGAAAGUUCUAUUCACCCCUUGGCACCCCUUCUAACAUGAAUGCUUUUUGGAGUGGAGCCUCCUUGCCUGGCUACUUCCUCCAACUGUCCCCGGGAAAGCUGGGCAUUCAUGCCAUGCCUCAGAAACAGGGUGUGAGGGCAAGAGCACAGUGGGGCAGGGAGGGAGCUGGGCCACAGGGAGUCCUGGACCCCCGGGUCCCAUAUGUCAGCAGGAGGGGCUUUGUGGGGGACGUCGGGAAACCCAGGAAGGGCAGGUCUUGGGGAUCACUGCAACUGGUUGUCCUACUGAUCUUGACAAGCUCCUGCUCUCCAUGGGGUCCCACUCUCGGGUCACAAGGAAGGGGAGCUACCUGGCCCCUCAACUCCUCCCUUGGACCACCGGCAAUGGCUGCAGCUUCUGCCUGACCCCAGGUGGCCGUGGCCGAGCCCUCUCUGUUGUUCACCCCACCACUUCCUGUCACUGGGCCUCUUUGUCAUACCCUCUGUCUCUAUUUCUGUGGGGCUGUCAUCUGUCCCACUUGUUCAUUCGUUUCCUGAACACAAAGGGCAGGGCACUCACAACUGCUGAGUCCUGCUGAGUGUGGCCUCCAGAAGAAGGAGAAGUCCUAUAUACGGAAGGCCCCCGUCCCCCACCCCCAGCUCUAGUGAAGCCAGCCUAGGGGUGGUCAGAUAGGAGCGAGAAACCCAGAAACAGGAGUAUAUGUGCUGUGCAGGCCCACAGUGGUGAGCCCGUGUGCCUGGCCUUCCAACUUUUACCUGGUCUUGAGGAAUCUGUAGGAAUAUCCCAGCAAAGCAGAGGGAAAGGAUAGUGAAGCCAAAGGGAACAGCAUGUGCAAAGGCUCAGAAGCUUGGAAAACCCUGGUGUGUUUGACAAAACAGGUGAAUGGAGCGUGGAGCGUGUGUGUGUCUCUCUUCCAGUCUGUGUAGCAGGAGGAAGGGAGUGGGUGGGUGAGGACAAAGGUGGAGACACAGAAAAGGACACUGUCCUUACAUCAACUCAGUGCCCAGCCUGGGAGGGGCAGAGGCGCUGAUGUUAAUUACCUUCCUGGUUCACCCUUUGCUGCAUGUCAUAUGGAGACCUGGGAGUUCAGGUCUAGAAGUGGGAAUGGACCAGGGACCAUGGCCCAGGGCGGCCAAGACAUAGGGAGGGUUAUGGAGACCUCAGUUGCACACCAAGCUUUGUGAGGGGGAGGAAGAUGGGUGGGCCUGACCUCAGGUAACCCCUGAGCUCCAGGACUGGGGUAAUCCCAGCUGGACCCCUUUGUCUGAUCCAAGCUCCAUCACAAGGAGAAAACGGGUGAGGGGUUUGGGAAAUCUGGCUAUAGGGAUGCCCUGAUCUCUGUUCCCUGGCUGGCAAUGGGGAGCUGAGAGCCACCCCCAGUGAGGGCAGGCAGGGCUAGAGGUCCCAGUGGAACUGCCCUUCCUCAGAGGGAAGCCUCCCUAGCGUUCAGUUUUGCCAAUAAGUGGGCUUGAGCAGUUGCGCUCCUGGUGGCCUCCAAGUCCUUCCUGAGGUUCCCCCAAACCCACACUGAUGCUGAGGCUGUUCUAGACCCUCCCAAAGCAUCACCUGGCUCAGCUCAGAGCUGGAAACAGCAGGGUCUUUAUAAAUGUGCAUUGGCUCAGCGUGGCUCCAAGGUCGUCUGUGAAGGCCUCCAAUGAGGCUGUGUCUCCUGAGCUGUAGGAAUAGUUGAGACCCACGAGGAGUUUCCACACUGCCUUGGAAGGGGGCCAGGGGACACCUGCAUUCCAGAGCACACCUAGGAUCUCAAGGGAGACAGCAGCACCAACCCAUGGAGAUGAUGGACGCUGGUCGCCACCAGAGAUUGGCUCCCUGGCUGUGGCCCUCAGUCCCGAGCCACCCAGAUAAUCUUUAGGUAGAAAACUCAGAAGCCGUGGAGGAUGAGCAGGGCAGAGGUGGCUGGAGGACUGGCCAGAACCCCAGCUGGGGCAUGGCCUCCUGAGCAUUCCCCCACCAACCCUGAGAGUCAGGAGAGCAACAGCACAGGCCGUUUCUCUCCCCUGCUGCCAGGUACCUACAGACCUCUUUUUCCAGGUGGAGUGCCGCCUGAUCCAAUGGCCUUUUGGUUUACUGUGCACCUUAGCCAAGCAUGCAAAUGAAAAGAAUGAAGGGAUCUGGGUGUAUCCAGUGGGCGUUGAAUCAAUGCCCAUGGGAGGCACCUGGUACUUGGCAGGUGCUCCCGGAUGUUGGAUGAGCAGGGAGAUGGAAAGGCGCUACCUGCUGCUGCUGACUGUCAGUAGCCGUCACCUGGGCCUGCCCCUGCAGGAGAGCAGAAUGCAGGAAGGGGGAAUCCAUCUGUCCUUUUGGGAAAGUCCUUUUGUCUCUUUCCAAGUUAGGUUUUGUCUAUAGUUCACAGCUUCUCCAUAAAGAGGAUACUGUCCCAACCAGCCAAGGAGGAAAAGUGGAUCUGCAUUUAGGGAAAUGUGACACAUGCAUCAGAAACCCAUUAGAACAGCGAAACUGUACAGAUUCCAACUUCAAAAGCAAGGCUAUAGAGUUACACAAACCUGUGUGUUAAAACAUGUAAUAUCCAUGGAUUUCGUCUCCUGUUGUGGAUCAAUUUGGAAAACCGAAAAUAUAAAAUUGUAAGAAGCCAAAACACAUUCUGAUAAUGCCAGUGAUGUGUAAAUGAGAGAGAAUAGACAGGCUUCCAAACCCUGGGAAGAAAGCUUAAUUAUGUAUCUUAUGAUGAAGUCUCUUGCAGCUAAAAUUAGAUUUUGAAUGCAUGAAUAUGCAAUAAUGUUUGCACACCAGAAUGCAUUUUCCCCCUUAAAAGUAGCAGGAACUACUUGGUUCUUAGGGGGCCCUAAGAGAGGAGAUGGAAGUGCUGGGGUUGAUCUUUGUGUGGCUGCAAAAAUUCUUGGGACAUAGGUUUGUUUUCUUUUGACUGGGAACACGUUGGAUGUGUUUGAAAUGUGAUGCCUCCAGUGCAUUCAGGUUUAGGGAGAAAUUGAUCUGUCUGAACCCACAUUAAUGACCACUCAGUACUAGCCAGUUGGCCUGAACAAGCAAAAGUAGAGUGGAAAUAAUACAGGGUCUGCAGACUAAAGGACUGACUGGGUUGUGGUCCCAGUUCUUCUCGCUGUGAUUUUGGGAAGGCCUUUUCCCUCUCUGGCCUCAACUUUCCCACCCAUAAAGUGAGGGAUGUGGUAGAUAUUGUUGGCUGCAUCCCCCAUGCCCAUCCCCCAAUUUUGUUUCCCAGCAGCCCCUGAUUACUGUUUGGGGAUUUUAUGAUCUAACUGAGCCAUCACUACUUCCAGGGGUGAACCCAAGACCUGGACUAAGCCAACACCGCAUUCUCUCUCUCUGGCUACCGUGAUGGGUUCAGGUAUGGUCAUGUGAGCUAAGGCAGUGUAGCCAGAGGAAAUUUCAAAACUUUCUCUGGAAAUGUUUGGUAGAGACUCUAUCCACUCCGCUGCAUAUAAAAGAGGAAGUAGAUAAUCUUGGAUUUUGAUGGUGGCCGUCUGGGGACCAUGGAGGGGAAGUACUCUCGGCCUGAAGCUGACACUAUUAAAGGGAGAGUCAAGAGACAGAAAGAAGUCAGGUCCUUGGCGACAUUGUUUAAGUACAGGAUCAAGCUUUGCCUGCGAUUGGCCCUACCUCUGGAUGGUUUUAUUACACGAGCCAAUAAAUUCCCUUUAUUGUUUAAGUUGGGUUGAGUUGGGUUUUUGUUACUUAGCGCCCACAGCAGGGUACAAGGGGCUGGGAUUAGAAGGCCCUGAGGUCCUGAUACUCUCUGUCUCUGGCUGAUGUACAUGAAGACUGAAACUCAGAUCCGUAUGAGCCGAUAGAAUUAGAAAGUUGCUUUUUUACAGGAAUGGGGCUGGGUGUGAGAUGCUCAGAAAGAAGCUGUACCCGCCAGCCAGGACAAGAAGCAUUUUUAUGUCAGUACACAAUGAGGUCACCUACAUAUCUUUAGAAAAUCAUUCCUCUUUAUUGCCCAGCCCAAACCAUCAGUUAUCUCAUUUAAUCCUUAACCAAUGCUUUGUCAUUAUGUCCACUUGACAGGUGAAAGGACCAGGAUAUCAAUCUUUAAUGAUUGUAAAAGUAUGACCCUGUUGUAUUUACCAUACUCCUUUCAUGAAGAAUACUAUGUAAUGUUGGAAGGAAUGCUUUGAGAAGCUAUUUGAAUUGGGGGUGGGACCUCCUUUGAGGGACAUGUUUGAUAACAGCUGUUGAGCACUAAACUGCCUUCUGAGAAGGCUAGCUAUAGUUAGUCAUACAGCUUUGGUUUUGCUGAACGGGACAUGCAAGCUUGGGGCAGAGCAGAAUUGCUCCAAUUGGCAGAGAGGUGGGAUGAUGCCACUGAGAGUUUCCUUCUUCUAUCCUCCCCUAUGUAACCCUGCUGGGUGCUAGAAAUUAGAAGGACAGAGAGGGUUAUAUGUGACCCCUAUCUUCAAACUCUCCUUGGAAUGUCUGACUCUAAUACCGCAUGCCUGGAUGGAGUCUGUGCAAUACGUAGAGGAAGCCAGAUCCCAGGAAAUCGAUGUGAGGAUAUUCGUCUCUAGUACUCCCUUUUGUGACGGAAGAUAGAUUUGGGGCCUCUCCUGAGAACUCUUACAUGCAAAAACUUUGCAGACAUCUGGGUUUCUGACAUGGGAAAUAUGAGCAGAUCCACCCUGAGUAAUAAGCAUAAGUGCUUCUAUAAAAUGAGGAAUCUUGAUGUCAAACAAAAAUGAAAACAAUUCCAAUUGAUGUUGUACGCAUAAGCAUGAGCUGAAUGAAUUAACCUCCCAGGGUGUCUUCGGUACUGGAGACCUUUGUUUUUCAGGUUCAGACAUCAGCAGUGACAGGUGCCUGGCUUUGAUGGUGUGGCCAGUGAGGAUCCAUGACAGUAAAUAGUGUUCUGACAGGUCCCACAAACAUCAUCCCACUUGUGCCUCAGGGGUGCAGACAUGAGGAUUUUCAUGGAGUGGGAAGAGAAAUGUAUUUUCUGAAAAUAUUUGCCCAAAGUGCAAAACCUUUAUUUUACAGAUGAGAAAAAUGAGACUCAGAACGGGGAAGGGUUCCCCACGAGGUCCUGCUGUAGGAAUAAGAAUGAGGGUGGAGCUGGGACGAGAAUGAGAGCCCUUCGAUGAAACCACCAGGUCUCCCCUAUACUGCAUCCCUAUAACGCUUUAAGACGUUGCUGGAAAGGAGGCAAGUGGACUCAUUCAGCUCAUUUGGAAGCGACCCCAUUCAUUUCACUGCUAAUUCUUUGCCAGCAUACUUUUUGAUGGGCACCUGGGUUCACUUGUAAGGGCCACUUACCAGGCACCCUCAGUACUCGAAAACUUGCUCAGAGGGUACAGACCUUUCCACAGGAGUGAGGUUAGAGAUGGACCAUAACCUGCCAUAAGAUGGAAGCCCAGACUUUUCAUGGAGUCACAAACAUGCCAGGCAGCAGAAAGGCCCUGUUGCCCCCAAGAUAUUAAUAGAUCAGCAUCUUUGGGGGGCCUGAGCCCAUCAGUGUGCAUGCAUUUAGGAGUAUGUGUGCAUGCAGGUGUGAGCUGCAGCUGCCGACAGACACCUGCCCCUGUGAGUUCCAUGCCAGCCCACCUGAGCUUUACAAGUGACAAGAGCCUUGUCAUCUGACUGUGGUAUCAACUUGGCUAACUCUUCCUCCUACAGUCAGAGCUACCACACCCAGAUGACAUAGUAAUCCAUUCCUACUUUGGAAGGCAGGACACACACUUAGUGUGUCUGGGAGGAAGCCUGAGAGAGCAGAGCAGAGCAGAGCAGAGCAGAGCAGUGGUACCAGGCAUAGAUACUUCCCUUUUGACGCAGCCUUCAGCCAUUCAAAUUGUAACAUGGGACAUACCAAACGUUGAGCUCACAAUUCACCAAAGUCACCUGGAUUAGUCAUUCUGCAGCUUCUGUAGGUCAGGAGUUUGGGCACAGCCUUGGUGGGUCCUCUGCUUCAGGAUAUCACUGGACUGCAAUCAAGGUGUUAACCAGGCUGCAUUCUCAUCUGGAGGUUUGACUGGGGAAGUGUCCAUGUCCAAGCUCACUCAGAUGGUUGGCACAAUUGUCACUUGUGAUUAUAGGACUGAGGCUCUCUGUCCCUCCAGCCCACCCAGAGUUCUUGAUGAAUGGCCUCUCAUAGGCAGUUCACAACAAGGCUGUCGGCUUCUUCAAGGCUGGCUUCAGAGCUAGAGAGUCUGACACGCAUUACAUCAUCACAGGAAUGCCAUCCCCUCACCUUUGCCACAUUCUAGACAGAAGCAAGUCACAGAUCCCACUCACACUCAAGGGUAGGUGAUUACGUAAGACCAUGAACGCCACGACAUGGGGAUCACUGGGGACCACCUUUGGGUCUGUCCAUCACAGCACCAAUAUGGAAGAAAUCCAGAAAUCAGUACAUUCCUUAUGAUCUAUACAGCAUUGCUGACGACUGGAUUGCACUGAAUGUAGUGGAUAUUUUGAAGAAUCAUCCAGAAGGAUCAGGUUAUAUCCAUGUUAGAAUAAUGAGUUUAGGUCCCCAAUCCACUGCCUUGACGUUAACAGAAUCAUUAGGAACAUCCCUAAUUCAUAUUGGCCAUCUCUAUACUCAUUUUUUGUUAUCCUGCUCAGGACAUAGUGGGCCUUUCAAUGCCUGGAUUUGUUGAAUAUUGCCAUCUCUUUCCUCUCUAAUCCUCCAUUCUAGCAUUCCUUUACACUGACAUUGAAACUCAAGAAUCUAGUUCCAGGCCGGCCCCAUGGCUCAGGCAGUUGGAGCUCCGUGCUCCUAACACCGCCAAUUCGAUUACCACAUGGGCCAGUGCCAGAUGGCUCAGCUGGUUGGAGCGUGGGUUCUCGACCACAAGGU